CCGAGAGGGGCGCGAUCAAGGCUAUAACUUCCCGCCGCAGCCCAGAGCAGAGCAGCGAGAGGCGCGCCGGGAGAGCCAAGUCGCGCAGGACGGAACCGAGGCUCGCUGCUGCUGCUGCUUGUUUUAGAGUCCCCCCUUCCGCUCCAAAGCCAAACAAACCCCGAACUGCACGAAAGUCCCGCAAAACCCUUGCCGAGAAGUCGAGGGAAGCGCGAAGGCGAAGCAGAAGCAGAACCGCCACGCUUGUGAAGAAGGUCGGUCGCUCGCCCACCCCCCGACCCCUUUCGGCGUGCGUGGAGAGCGCGUAGCGGCGACGGCAUGUCGGCGUGGGUGCUGAGCCUUUUCGCGCUGCUCUGCAGCUGGAGCCUGAGUGACUUGCUGGUGGAAGCGUGUACCUGCGUCCCCGUGCACCCCCAGGAUGCGUUUUGCAACUCUGACAUUGUUAUCCGAGCCAAGGUAGUGGGGAAGAAGCUUAUGAAAGACGGACCUUUUGGUACAAUGCGAUAUACCGUCAAACAGAUGAAGAUGUACAGGGGUUUUGACAAGAUGCCACAUGUUCAAUAUAUCUACACAGAGGCCUCUGAAAGUCUUUGUGGGGUCAAGCUUGAGGUCAACAAGUACCAGUAUAUGAUUACAGGCCGAGUUUAUGAUGGAAAAGUUUAUACAGGACUGUGUAACUUGAAUGAGAAGUGGGAUCGACUGACUCUCUCCCAGCGCAAAGGACUGAACCAUCGUUACCACCUAGGUUGUGGCUGCAAGAUUAAGCCCUGCUACUAUCUGCCAUGCUUCGUGACGUCCAAGAAUGAGUGCCUCUGGACAGACAUGCUCUCCAGCUUUGGCCAGCCUGGGUACCAGUCAAAGCACUAUGCCUGCAUCAAGCAGAAGGAGGGCUACUGCAGCUGGUACAGAGGGUGGGCGCCUCCCGAUAAAACCAUCAUCAAUGCCACAGACCCCUGAACACCCAACUUUCUUUCUUUCUUGUUCUUUCCCUCUCUUGUGGCUGAGUAUUCUUUGGACACUAACUCAUAUGAUGGCAACCAUGAUAUUAGUGCCUGUUUCUUGCAAAUUUUAGCACUUCGAACUUUUGUGUUUUGUUUUUUUAAAACAAACUCUACGCUGUCUUAACUGAUUUUUUUCUUUUUCUUUUAAAUCACUUUUUUUUAAUUGCUCUCACCCAUUUUGGUCAAAAGAUAUUUGUCUGGGAACUUCUAUUUGCACACCAGAUAAAUAAGGGAGCGUUUGCUCUAAGUUAUAUAUCACUAUAUAUAUAGCAAUAUAAUCUAUAUUUUUGUAGGAAAACAAAAAUCUCAAAAAUUUCCCAGUUGAGUAUUGUAUUGCAAUUCCACCCCCUCCCCUUGCUCCCUACAAUGCUUCUUCUCUCACACAUUCACUGCUCAGCACUAUGUAGAUAUAACUUUUUAAAAUGCAACCAGUUAAGAUUAGCAAUGUGACACACCGGAUAGAUGAAAAGAAAGUUACAAUGUUAGUAACAGGAGCAUUGGAGUAAUCCAGCUGCCAUGUGAUUUAAAAGCACCACAUCAAAAUGUCUUCUCAUGUUCCAACUGCGAAUUAAAAGCUCCAUGGCAGUUCUGAGUUUGUACAAAGCAUAAAUAACAGCUUUCAAAAAUCAACACCAGUUAAUGGAGCUAAUCCCUCUUCUAACUGCAAAUACAGAGCAAACCUAUUUAGAACCAAAACAACGCCAGACAUUUUUGUGGUUUUAAUCUGGCUUCAAAGCUGCCUUUUAAACAUCUAUUAAAAAAACAACCCAAAUAUAUGCAAACAUAACAAUACAAAAUAAAGAAAUAAACUCACACAGCGAUAUUUGGAGAGGGGGACAAGGAGAGGACUGGAGGAAAGGGACAAAAGAAGAAACUUAAUUAGGGUUAUUAAUGUAAGAAAUCAGCUGCCACAACGUUGUUUUGCUGAGUGAAAAUGUAUAUAGAUGUAAUAAGCUAUUUUUGACAGGACAUGGAAUUGUUUCAUGCUGUAAGCAAUGAAAAGUUUGAUUCUUUUGUUUCAAAGGAGCAAUCUUCACAUUCCAAGUCACUGGUUAUUAUUUUAUUUUUGUUUAAUUCUAAAGAUGUUGGAAUUCCAGUGGUUUCUACAGUAGUUAUAAUAAUUUGUGUUUAUUCCCCUCCCUGUGGGCUUCCCUCCUCUCCUUUCACCACAACAAAGGCCAAUUCAAGCAGCUAUUCAAAGAUUAAAGGGUCACCAUGUUCCUCCCCACCACCCACUUCAACAUUCACAUGAUAAAAUGGUCUUUUGAAAGUGCUCCAGUGUGGUGAGAUUACAGGUUAAUUGAACACUCUGAAAAACAUUCAGUUUCUAGCACUUUUCACAACGUGGUAAUUUGUGACUUACGAUAUAGGGGCCUUUUCACAACACAAAAUCCCGUGAGCACUGGGGAUGGGGAGAGAAUCACGCCUUGGUGAUAGAAAGGGUCUUUAUCAGUAUGCAUAGUGAAAGUAGAAGUAGCUAGCAGAUGGACAGGAUGGGCAGAGAAUAAAUAAAGCCCUACUUCCCCCUGCCACAGACGUCCUUCCUAAAGAUCUGAAUCUCAACUAUUUAAAAGAACAUUUCAGGGGGAGGCUGUGAUAUAUUCCUCUACUGGCUAUGGCUAUGGCUAAGCAAGCCCUGGUUAUGAGCUCACUUAAACUUCUGGCAUAAAAGGAUGAAGGAGUUGGCUUCCCCCAUCUUCACUGUAGACUUGAUGAUUUGUUUGUUUUUACUAUGAAAAAUAUAAUAUAAAAAUCUUGUAAUAAAAGUAUUUUACAUUUUAAUGUUGUCAAGUGAGCAGGGUUACUGAUGGGAUGGGCGACUCUAUUUUACUGAGGCUGUGGGGUGGAUGAUUGACAUUUAACACAAGUUUGGCUAUUAUUUUUAAUUGUUAUUGUUUGUCUUACAUUGCUAUCUUCAGUUCAUUCCUUGUAGAAAACAGAGCUGCCAUAAGUUGUAAAUUGCCCUGUGAUAAACAUAAGUAUGAGCAUAGCUGCUUUGAACAUUGAAAUGAAUGAAUAAACUCUUGCUAGCAGAAGGAGCUUAACGUAUGCACUGAAGUUCCCACACUUAAAAGAGAUUGCAGAGUUGGAGUUCAAGACUGCAGUCCUGAUGUGGAGGGGAGUCUCUGAACACAGCAAUUCCUGUAAAAGGCUAAGCUCGAACCCUUUUUGGCUGACAUCUUGUUUUUAUAUAGGACGUUAGUUUAAUAUGAAGGGAGCAUUUGAUCAUGCAAUCCCUAGCCUGCAGCCUGAGUUUUAUCACAUGAUCUGUAGAUCUGCCUUGAUCUCAAGAUUGUACCCUACAUUGGGCUUAUAACUAAGUGCAUCCGGUGACCAUUCUAGCAGUGGAACUAGACUCUCAAGGGCAUCCAAAGCAAGACGAGAGAGAGAGAGAGAAAGAGAGAGAGAGAGAGGCCUUAGCUAGACCUAAGGAUUAUCCCAGGCAAAUGGAAGGGUUAUCCUUGCCUGCUCCCGGGAUCCCCUGUGUGUCAUUUGGAUGCACAGGGAUGAUCUCGGGACAAUCCCGGGAUAUAGGCCUGGUCUAGCCAUGGCGAGAGAUUAGGUUUUAGAGUUACAGCAUGCCUGAUUUUGUACUGCUUCCCAGGGAGAGGAUCUUAACCUUUUGAUAAUUAUUUUAGGACAGUUAUUAAGAACUACUGCAACUUUCACAAAGCCACAUGGGAUAAAACAAUUCUUUAACUAAUAUUUUAAAAGAGCUGGAAGAGCUAAAGCUGCAAUUACCCUCAAAUCCAACCAAAAUCAAUGGAUCUGUUCUAAGGACAUAUCCAUUUUAGUUCAGAACCACAAGCAUGAACUUAUCUCUCAAUACUUUGAGAAUGGAAUGCUGCAAAGCAGGCACUGAUAACAGGACCCUUCUCUGGUGUAAAUUGCUAAUUAUGCAAAUACUUAUUGGAAACGUAUUGGUGUUCUUCUGAACCUUUCAAAAACCUCUUUGUAGAUGUGCCGUAUCUUACAUGUUUUGAAAAAAGCUAUAUGAAUCAGGUUUCAUUAAUAACCAAUAGGACACAUUCUCUGGACAUUUGGGGUUGGAUCCAGGCUUAUUCAUGCUUAGAGUAGCAUGAAGUUAGUCAAGACUAACUUGCCCCAUUGAUUUCUGCGGGGCCACCCUACACAUGUCAAACGAUCCAACCCCUAUCUACCUGGUAACCUAUAAAUCGGAUCUUGAAAGUUGCUAACACUACAUAAAAUAAAAUGGGCUUUAGUUAAUCACCAAGUCACCUCCCUUUUGAAGUGAAUGCUAACAAGUCUAACUUAAGUUGCAGCAGGCCAAACUCAGUGAUGCCAAUGGGAACGAACAGCCAUUUAGUACUUUCAUCAGUAAUGAUUAUCAAGCUACAGUUUAUCGGCUUGCUGGAGAUAAACCUGGUCUGAGUUCAGAUCUUGAAAGCUAAGAAGAAGAGGCAGCCUUUUGCUGAUUAAGAUUUUGAUCUGUAUUUUCACUGAAUGGCAGCCCUGAAUUUUUUCUUAAUUUUUGCUGUCUAUAAUUUUAAGGUCAUGGCUGAAGCACUCUAGCAUUGAAAUCAAGUUAUUAUGGAAAUCUCUUUAAUCGCUGAGAAAGUACAUGUCUUUAUACAGGCCGUAAUAUAUCUGUGUGCUUUGUAGGAAAUGAAACAAAAAAUAGGCCUCCCACCCAACAAAGCUAUUUCUUUUUGUACAUGGAUUUCCAUUUUUGCAUUGCAGUAGGUAAGAGUAAUUUGAGGGCAGACAAGGGCAGCAGAGGACAAGCGGAGAACACCCUGCUGAGAAAGAAGCCAUUGUAGAGGGUUGUUUGUUUGUUUGUUGUUUUAAUGGGGAGCCAAAUGGAGGGGGAAGAGUGAGGGGGAAGAACCCAGCAAAAAAUACAUUUCUUUUGGGAGGCCUCCAAAUUCUUUAGCGCUACUAAUAAUGGUAUAUUUUAAAAAAGAAAGAUGUAAAGCACUUUUUAAUCUUUACUUCAUUAUCCCCCAUAAAAACUCUUGCCAUCAUUCCCAUCGUAAAGCCAUGACAAGAGUGGGACUUGAAACAGGGAAGCCUGACCCAAGUGCAACCCUCUGUUCGCCAAACCAGCUCUUGGCAUCAGAGCUGCUGUGCUUAACUUUGCACUUGGAGUAUGGGCCUGAGCCAUACCUGUUGAAGUCAACCGGUGCCUUCCCAUUGAUUCCAAACGUUUUGAAAUACAGGACUGUGCACGCGCAACGAUGAACUCCCACAAAUUUCCAAGAAGCUAACCCUAUGCUUGCUUGCUCAGAACGGCAGUCUGUGGAGUUAAAUCUCAGGCAACUGUGAGUAGGACUGCAGAGGGAGUAAGUCCCAUUGAACUUGGUGGAACUCCCUGUUGAACAAACAGACAUAGGAUUGGCCUUGUAAAUUUGUGUUCAUUUUACAUUACCAUCCCUAACAAUUACGAACAAUAGAGU